GUCUCAGCAGCCCCUGAUCUGAGCCCCAUCUCUCCGCUCCAUUUGCAUUCACUGGCUAAAACUGGCUGGCAGGGCAACACUCUCAACUUUCUGUUCCAGGCUUUGAAGCGUUCCAAAACUUUUUUUAUUGACUUGGAGUGGAGAGAGAGAGAGAGAGAGAGAGAGAGAGAGAGAGAGAGAGAGAGAGAGAGGAGAGGAACAAGAGGAAGAAGACAAAGAUAAAGUACAACUAAUACCUUCCACAGGAACAGGUGGUCCAAGCUGAAAUAAACAGUGUCUUGAAGCUAGAGGCAGGGGUCAUGGAUAUCAGGAUGCAACGAGAGGAGGCAUCAGCUCAGGAAGUGUUCAGCUAUGCCCAGAUGUCCACCCUGGAGCGAAACAGUGGAGUAGGAACUCUGAGUAGGCAUCUGGAGCGGGAGAGGAUGGAGAGAGACAGCUACACAGUGGAUGUCAGGGCCAGUGACCUGCAGUUGGGUCAGCCCGGGCCAUUACAUCCCUGCUUUAGCUACAGAGUCUGGCUUUACAGCAUCGUUAUAGGGAGCAGCUUGCUUAUAGUGGCAGCUUUCUCCCUCUACAUGGGUAAUGUGUUUCCAGAUGCCAUGGACUACCUGCGCUGCACAGCUGGAUCUAGUAUACCAGCUGCAGUGGUGAGCUUCGCUAUUGCCAAGAACAGACAAGUUGCAGUUUCAGACUUUCAAAUGGUGUACGUGUCAUCCUUUGCUGUGACAACCACGUGUCUGGUGUGGUUCGGUUGUAAACUCGCCAUUAGUCCCUCAGCCAUCAAUAUUAACUUUAACCUGCUCCUGCUUAUUGUGCUGGAGGUGCUCACGGCCAGUACUGUCAUCCUGUCAGCACGCUCGGUGGACAACUGCUGCAGUCAUGGAAAGCCAGUGUCUGAUGGUCCUGCGGUGGUGACCCCGGCUUCGUUCCCCACUCGUCUUCUCAAGGCUUAUGCCGUAAUUGAGGUUAUAGUGGGCAUCUCCACUGUAUUUGGCGGAAUUAUUGCUCUCAAUUUGGGUGCUCUCCUCCCAGAUCCAUAUCUUUCUGUCACUUUCUUCUGGAUUCUAGUAGCUUGUUUCCCCAGUGCCAUUGCCAGCCAUGUGGUGGCAGAAUAUCCCAGCAAGCAUCUGGUGGAAAUGCUGAUUGCUAUAAGUAGUGUGACUUCACCACUGCUUUUCUCUGCUUCUGGAUUUUUGUCCUACAGCAUGAUUAAUUUUAUUGAGAUCUUUCUGCUUGAAGUGCCAUUAACAAAGUUGAAUGACAUACUGCUGCUUGUGCUGAUGGGGCUGCUGCUGGUGCAGGCGGUGCUGACAUUAGCCACCAUAGUAAAGUGUGCUUCCUACAAGAGCCAGCUCCGCACAGGAGCCACUGAAUGGGACACACUACACAAAAAACACUCUGAGCAACAAACAUCAAAUGGCACACUAAGGGAUUUUGACAGAGAGAAGGCAUGGAAAUCAGUGGUGGUCCAGAUGGCCCAGUGACCAAAGAUACAGGCACCAGAAGGAAAAAAAACAGAGAGAAUAAAAGUGAAGGUACAGAUAUGGAGGAUUAUAAUGUCAGUUGAAACAGGCUCAUUUUGUUUUUUGGGUAUGAAACUUACUGUUCUGUCAUUGUUGUUAGCUGACCUGUCAUAUUUAUGAACUGCUGUCCAAAUGUUUGGGGUUAAAACUUUUUAUUUUAUAAGAAAUUAGUGCUUUUAUUCUGCAAAGAUGCAUUAAAUUGAUCAAAAGUGAAAGAAAGACAACUAAACUUUGUUCCUUUGAACUUCUUAUCCAUCAAAGAAUCCUGAAAAAAAAAUCUCAAUUUUUAAGCAGCACAACUCUUUUCAACAUAUAUAAUAUGUUUCUUGAGCACUAAAUCAGCAUAUUAGAAUAAUUUCUGAAGGAUCAUGUGACACUGAAAAAUGCAGCGCUGCCAUCGCUGGAAAUACAUUACAUUUGAAAUAUAUUAAACUGAAAACCAUUUUUUUGGAUUCUAAUAACAUUUCAUAAUUUUUUACAGUUUUUAAUAAAAUGAAUGCAGCUUUGGGGAGCAUGAGAGUUCUUUCAAAUACAUUUUUUUUAAAUCAUACUGACCACAGAUUUUUGAACGUUACAGUAUCUGUCAAAGGUAUUACUGAAUGACUAUUUAGUCAGGAAAUAAAACAACAAGUCAAAAUGUGUGAUUGAUUUUUGAAAGUCUUUUGUAAAGAUCCUUACUUGUGUCACACAAUCAUGAAUAUAGCCAACCAGACCAGUUUGAAAUUAGAAUCAUAAGUGAUGAGCGAAUAGCUGAGCAAAUUUAUAUGCAAAUAAAUGGUGAACACAUCAUGCAUGUACAAUCUAUAGCACUUGUAAUGCAUUAUCUAAACCCAUAUGUCAGAAGCUGGAAGAGUAGGGGACCUAAUAUAUGAUGCUUUUAAUAAUUCUAACACACUUUGGACCAUAUUAUUGUUCAAUGCCAUGUUGCAUGCAACCAUUUUUAUUUUGUUAGAUUUUAUUUUUGUAUACAUAUAAGUCUUGUGAUGUUAUUGUAGAUCAAUAAAAUGUAAAAUAUUA